CUGCCAGCAGUUGGUACCCAGUACUACUUACCUGCUCACAUUCGACCGUCUACUUGCCAGUUUGAACACGCUUAUAAGGGCCUGGCCUCAGAUUCCAACAUUGCUGUCCCGUUCUCUGUGACUAUGGCUUCAAAAAUCGUCGCGGGCACAAAGCGCAAAGUCAAGCCCUCCAAACUCGCCGCCCGCAAGAAGGCGAAGACGGCCCACCUCUCCGUCGACGAGCUCCCAUGGAAGGCUGUCGCACGUCCGAGGGAAACCAGUGCUGCGGGAGCAUUUGACGGAAUGCUUGAGCUGGAGGAGGUCUCUGAUGUGGAGGUUGUGUAUGAGGAGACGGAGGCAGGGAAGAUCAUAAAGUUCAAGGUUGCAGGAGCAAUCGUGGAUGAAGGAAACAAUGUAGCGGACGUGCAAGAUGUGCCUGCGGCUGAGGAACCGGUUGCGGGAUCUUCUACGUCUCCCGCACGGAAUGCAUCAACGCCGAAGGAGGACGUUGUACGGGUGGAGGACGCACAGGACGCACCUUUCGAUGCACUCCUCACAGCCGAGACCAUGCUCCCCGACUGGUCGCCCUUUUCCCUUCACCAACAACUCGCCAAGGCCUUGUAUGCGCAACACUUUACUCGCCCAACGCCUAUCCAAGCCGAAGCGCUCCCGCUCGCCCUCUCGGGCAGGGACGUCGUCGGUGUCGCAGAAACAGGCUCCGGCAAGACCCUCGCGUACGGCCUGCCCAUCCUCGACCACCUUCUCAAACAUGCAUCCGUCUCUGUUUCAUCAGUCAAAGAGCGCAGACCCGUCAGAGCGCUCGUCCUCACACCCACCCGCGAACUCGCGCUGCAGGUCUCCUCCCACCUGAAUGCGUGUCUGAACCCCGUCAACGUCCCGUCAGUCGACGUCAAGCGAGAAGAGGAUGAGCCUGAGCUUCCCUCCGCCAAUCCCAAAGGGAAGGGCAAGGGCAAGGGAAACGGGAAACAGAAGGGUAAGAGCAAGGAGAAGAAGACGGCGACCAGCGAGGAAGCGAAGCAGCGGAGCGGCCCACCCCCAGUGAGCGUCGCUGCCAUUGUCGGCGGGAUGUCCGCACAGAAGCAGCGCCGGCUUCUCUCGCGCGGUGUCGACGUGCUCGUCGCGACGCCCGGCCGGCUGUGGGACAUCAUACAAGAGGACGACGAGCUCGCAGGUCAGAUCGAGAAGCUCCGGUUCCUCGUGCUGGACGAGGCGGACCGGAUGAUCGAGACGGGGCACUUUGCCGAGAUGGAGAACAUCCUCCGGCUCACGCUCCGUCAAAGCAAGGAUGAUGAGAUCGAGCCCGAGCCCACGUCUGGCUCGCAAGAUGACGAAGACGAAGCCGGAGAGGCGGAAGACAGCAAGGCGGGUGUAGAGGGCGAGAUGCAGACCUUCGUGUUCAGUGCUACACUCAGUAAGGACCUUCAAAAGAACCUCAAGAGGCCCUCGAGAUCGAAUAGGCGGAAGAAGGGCAAGCCUGCAUCUACACUCGACGAUCUCCUGAUGAGGCUCGACUUCCGGGAUCCUACACCUGCGGUGAUCGACAUCGCGCCGGAGGGCGGUGCCGUCGCCACUUUGCAGGAGAGCAAGAUCGGGUGUCUCUCGGGCGACAAGGACGCGUAUCUGUACUACUUCCUCUUGCGCUACCCCGGCCGCACGCUCGUCUUCCUCUCCUCCAUCGACGGCAUCCGGCGGCUCCUUCCGACCAUGUCCCUCCUCGACAUCCCCGCCUUCCCCUCCACUCGCAGCUCGAGCAGAGACAACGACUCAAGAACCUCGACCGGUGCGUCUCUGCCUUUUAUCAAUCCCCUUCGCAUACGACCGCCCACUAACCUACGCCGCAGGUUCAAGUCGACAGCACGCGGCGUCCUCCUCGCGACCGACGUCGCUGCGCGCGGACUAGACGUCCCCGCCGUCGACCACGUGGUGCACUACCAAGUGCCGCGCACCGCCGACGCGUACGUCCACCGCAACGGGCGAACCGCACGCGCCGCGCGCAAGGGCUUCAGCCUGCUCAUGGUUGCGCCGGACGAGCGGCGGGUCGUCCGCGCGCUCAUGGGCAGCCUCAAGAGGGAGGAGGACGAGAUCCCGGAGAUGCCGGUGGAGCUGUAUAUGCUGGACAGGCUGAAGGCGCGGGUGCAGCUCGCGCGGGAGAUCGACGUAGCACAGCAUAAGGUCAGGACGGAGAAGCAUGACAUCAACUGGCUGAAGGAGGCGGCGGAGGCGAUGGAGAUCGAGCUGGAUUCGGGGCUGGAGACAGACGAGCAGGAGAGCGUCCCGUCGAAAGCGCAACGGAAAUACUCGGACGCGAAGGUCGCUGGUCUGAAGGCCAAGCUCAAGGGAUUGCUCGCGCAGCCGCUCGUCGCGCGUGGCGUGUCGACGCGAUACAUCACGUCGGGCGCCGUGUCCAUCGCGGAUGAUAUGCUCACGGGGAAUUUCAACGAGACGAUGGUUGGGCUGCAGAAGGUUGAGGCAGGGAGUGACCUCGUCGCGGCGAAGAUACGCAAGUCAAAAUCGAAGGCUCCUGUCAAAGAGGAGUUUGAGGAAUGGGGAGGGAUUGCCGAGUGAGGAGCGACAUGUUCUAGACUGCGCCUGUUGUUGCAGAGUCCCCUCAGCGUGGUGCGUCGUAAUGAUGCAACAGCCGUCCCAGGUGACGACCAAGCCAAGUACUCUCACUACUGAGAUGCCUGGAUACGGAUCUGGCCAUGGUUGCCAAUCAAUGCGUAUGUCUGGACGGAGAAUCAGGCGUUGGCCCAAAAUGUCUAUUUCUGUUUGUUAAGGACUCUGGCUUGCGACCUUCAAAUCCGCCAGUUUUCGUAAGGAACGGGCUCCCUGGG